AGCUGCUUUUCAAUCCGAACAUCUGAAAUCAGCAUGGCUCCAUUUUCUGCACUCCGCCUUUUUUGGCAGGUUUCAUAUUUAUUCAGAUGUUGUUUCCUGCUUGUUGCUUUUGUUUUAUCUAAUUUAUUUUGAAAGAGAUCAUCCUGUUAAAAAUCUCUUUGAUUUCAAGAUACAUCGAUUUACUCGUGUGAAGUUUGCAAAUCAUGUGGACGACUAGAGUCUGCAUUGUCGGACCUAAAGGUGUUGGAAAAACUUCAAUUACAGCUCGUAUCGAUGCUGCUGCUUUAUCGUCUCAAAGAUGCCCAUCAGGCACAACAUUUGUGAGCUGUAAUGUCCUUUUCAGAGAAAAAUCGUUGAAUCUUGAAAUUCUAGAUAUUUCUGGAGAGGAAAAGCUUCGAUGUAUGGCUCCUAUUUAUUACCGAGAAGCUAAAGCUGCUCUAUGUGUUUUCGAUUUGACAUCAGAAAAAACAUUUCAUUCCCUUCAACGAUGGAUAGACAGUAUCAAAAAUAAUGCGAGAGAUGAUUGCCAGUUAAUAAUAUUGGGCAAUAAAGUAGAUCUAGAAGACAUAAGACAAGUAACAAAAGAGAGAGCGGAAAAAUAUUCAAUUUUCGUUGGUGCAACAUACUUCGAAGUAUCUGCAGUUACAGGAGUUGGUUUACUUAACGUCGUCAUUUCCAUAUCCAAGCAGAUCCUAUGUUUGAGUGAUUGCUCGAUCUCGUAUGCUGCUAAGCGUUCCAUAAUAUCCAACAGCAUCGAGUACAUCUCGCCAAAGAAAGAAGAGAAGAAAAGAAGAUUCUCCUUUCCAAUCCGACGGCGAAGUUUAAUGCACGAGAAACAGAAUAUUAGUUAGACGUGCAUAUUCCAGAUUCUCAUCAUGCCACGAUUUAUGCGAACAAAGUUCAGUAAACAAGAAGUGAUUGAUACGUAUCUUAAUCUCUUUAUAAUAUCUACUUUUGACUCUGUGUGGUAAAUAAUAUUUUAAAAAUGUAAUGCUUAUGACUUGUGUUUGAAUAAAUAU